AUGUCGGCUUCGUCAUCCGUCAUGUCCUCCCCCGGCUCAGAGAUCACACCCAGGGCUGCCACUUCGGUCCCCUUCGAUUUAGUCCAGCCCACUGCUUCAGCAACUAUCGAUUCUCUUGGUAUACCAGCUGGCAAAUAUUACCCUUCAAACUACAAUUCGCCCGCAACUACUAGAGUAUCUACUCCAACUUCCGCCGCCGCUCCUCUCCUUCCAACAAACUUGACCCUCCCGUCAGACACUGACAAAAGGUCCAAGAGACAAAAGUCAUCCGGACAUGAGAGAAACAGCAGCGAUGUGAAGAGAAAGCUACAACAAUAUCAACGAGACAUGAUCGUCCAAGCUAGACAGGCAAAGUCACGUACCGGGGGUAAAGGUCUUGGAUUCCAUAUCCAAAUGCCUAAACCGGACAGUCCAAAGUUAAUGCCAGCUGGAAGUCCAGGACCCAUCACGCCUUUUGAGCUCGAAGAAUGUGAUGAAUAUCUCACUUCAGUCACGAGAGGCAGAGGGGAUACCUCGAUCAGCAAUGAUCAGCAAGGAGAAUUCGAGGGCCGCCGAGAUUGGACACCCGAGAUCCUUGAACUAAAUAUGUUCCCUCACUUUCGGAAGGAUCUCGCUGGCCGAAACCUAUCCACAGUCAUAUCACCAUAUGGUGAGAUAUCAUGGGCAUUAGGAGAGAUGGUAGAGACCCUUGACGGCGACUCCCACAUCGAAAUAUCCCUCAACAUAGACACCCAACGCCACCAACUCGAAUACAGCAUCAUCACUCAACCAAGAUUUCCUUUGCUUCCAAUUCGUAUUAUUUAA